AUGAUUUACGGUUAUAUAGGUGACGUAUGUCGAAAGGGAAAAGGACCAGAACCAAAUUUCGAAUGUCGGCGUGCGAAUAACUGUGAUUCCAUAGAAGAAAAUUUCAAAAACCAAAAUUGUUCAGAUAUAUGUAUGUAUGAUGGACAUCAGCCGAUAUUCUGUUGUCUUCCUAGUAUUACGCAAACUACGACACUAAACGGCUCGUUGAUUAGAAGUUUAGGCAUAGCCAAUGAUAGUAUGUGCAAAAGAAUAUAUCAGUUUUAUUAUUCAAAUAAUACAUAAACAAUGUGAAUUUUUUUAAAUAGAAUGCCGUCAGUAUCGAGAUCUAUUUAAGAAAAUGUACGUAAGUAAUUUCAACUUUAUUUUCUAGUGUGUGAUUAGAUUAAGUUUAAUUGCUGUCGAAAAAGAAUAAUUGAAUUGAUUUUUGACAAUUUUCGUCAAAAUUUGAACUUGAAACACUUAUAAAAAAAAUACAUUACGUUUAUUUGAAUUUCUUUUAACUACUAUAAUUACAACUUUGCAAAAACAAUGAGUUCUUGAUAGAAGCAAUUCAAAAAUUCAAAAAUUCAAAAAUUCAAAUUUCAAAUGGCCAAACUACUAAUAACAAAGUAAAAGUGAUAGUCAUUAACUAAUUAUUUAAAAUCAUAAUUUUAUUAUUUAGCACAAUAAUAAAAUUGAUGACGAGAAAAAUUAAAAUUAAAUUAAUUUAAAGUUUAAACUGAUAUUAGUUUUAACAUAAUUAAACACUAUAAAACAGAUUUUUGAAAGGGAAAUUAUGAGAAAGGAAUUGUUUUAAACGCAUAAAUCUGCCUGGAAUAAAAAAUUAAUAUCUAAAUUGUUUACCCUUCGUAUAACAGCAUAGGUACAAUUUAUUGUUCCGUUUGCUUUUUAAAAUUGCAUUAUUUUUUCAUUAAAAGUCAUACAGAUCUGAAAUUUUGUGACAUCUAUAAAAGUUUUAAAUUAAAUUUUGCUGACCAAAUUUGAGACGAAUAUCUUAAACCCUUUUUAAAAUAGAUAGCCGAGUUGUAUUUACGUGUAUAAGUCAGUGUAGAUAAAAUUAUGAUUAUAUAUUUUGAAUGGUAAUGAUGCAAAAAAGUAACGUCAAUUAUUUUUUUGAAUGAUAUUUAAGUUUAUCAGAAUAUUAUGAUAUAAAUAUUAUAUAUUUAUCGCAGAUAAAGUAUAUUGAAACUAGACAUUUUCAUAAAAAUAUAUGAAAGUAUAAUUACUGUAGAUACCUACAUACCACCGGUUAACGUUGUAAAAUUAUGCUAUCAGAUGAAGGUUAAAAAACAAAUUUUUUUAAGAACCUUGUAUAAAUGACGCGGUAUAAACAAUGUAAUUAAUGAUAUAUAUAAUAUAUUUAAUGAUAUUAUAGAGAUGUGAUAGAUAUUCAGAAUUCACGUGUUUAACUGGUGAAUGUAUCCCAAGAAGCACUGUGUGCAACGGUAAUAGUGACUGUCCAGAUGGAUACGACGAAAAUGACACUCUAUGCAAGGUAUAA